CCCUUCUCCCAAUCGGCCAUGUUUAAUUUGAGUCAUUCAUGAAAAGUUAUGUAAACAAACACUGAAGCCAUGACCGUGGAGGCGACAUAGCAGAUGAGCACUAGGUGACUGAAUUGCACUGUGAUCUUUCUUCCGAAGGCACCGGCUUGUUUGAGCAGACUGACCGUUUGUGCUUGAAUUUAUCAACAACAGUGGGAAUAAAAGAAAAGCGCGCGAACAGCGUCGGCAGGAAAACAUGAGGAAAAAGCAGAAUGUGAAAAACAGGAAGGCAGAAGAGACAACAGUUGUCCAAGAGUUUGCGGUGGACAAAAUCAUCUGCAGAAGAGUCAAUGAGGGAAAAGUGGAAUACUAUCUGAAGUGGAAAGGCUUCACAGAUGCCGAGAACACCUGGGAGCCAGAGGACAACAUGGACUGUCCUGAACUGAUAGAAGAGUUUCUCAGAAACCUAGCAGUGUCAGGAGAGACCGAGCAAGAGGGCUGUCCAUCUCUAGACCAUAACGUCCAGCCCAAGCAAGAGUUAACUGAGCUUGAUACUGAUACGGCUCACCAGCAGUCUCAGGAGGAACUCAUUGAGAGAAGUAAUGAGGAGGGUGGUGAUCACAGCUUGGAGAACCCCGCAAGCCAAUCCAGCCACCCAGAACCAGACUGCAUCAUCGGAUCCACAGACCGACAGGGAGAGCUCAUGUUCCUCAUCAAGUGGAAAAACUCUGACGAGGUGACUUUAUUGUCAGCAAGGGAGGCCAGUCAAAGGUGGCCCCAGAUGGUAAUCAGCUUUUACGAGGACAAGCUGACCUGGCACGGAGAAGAGGAGCAGUGAGAGAGAGAAAUAUGUAGCAGUGGAUAAUACUGUACCUCCUGGCAGCUUUUAAAACACACAAACACUGUGGCAAAAGUUUACUGUUUUAUUUAUCGUGUAUUCAAAGUUUGAAUCCACAAUCCAAUGUGAAGCUCUUCCUAACACACUAAAGCUGUAGAAAUGUAACUUAAAUAUUGGAGUUCUACUGUAGGUUACUAUUUGUACAAAUAUGUGUAAUGAAAAUGUCACUAUGCAUAAGUGGCUUAUUAGUUGUUGCAGUUCUUUGUCUGUUGUUUUGAAAAUUUGGUUUGUUGCGUGAUGUUCAUCAUGUCUUUGUUACUAGAAGCUGAACUGUGAUUUAACAUAGGAGAUAACAUCAUUGGUACAGAACUUGCUCAAGAGGAAUAUUUUUGAUGUGUAGAUGUACUAUUCAUACUAUUAUUAACCCCCUGGUUUCACACUUAUUCAAUUUACAGUAUACUGUGAUGAAUUGUGUGAUCUGUGAAGUCACAAUUUAGCUCAUGCAGGUAAAAAUAUGUAGAUUUGCACAAAACAUAUUCUAAAAUGUAGCCAUUCAGUCACAUUUUGUGAACAUUGACUCAUUUGCUGUUUGUCGGUUUCUGUUAAAUUUAUAGCAGUAGUGUGAAUCGACUAUUCAGGUUUUGAGGUUUUGUUUUGAAGACUUCUGUUUUGCAGUUUCACUGUUCUGAUUUCCUUUUUACUGUUAAGAUCAUUGUAAACAUGUAAUCCCGAGUGAGUAAUCUAUUGGUGCUUUGAAUAAACGUGAAAAUACCU